AUGGUCACGGAAAGAAUUUCUGAACUUGAAGAUGCAGAUGAUGAUCUUUUAGCCAGAAUUAAAAAGCUGGAAGAUGCAGAUAAUGAUCUUAAAGUUAGAAUUACGAAAUUGGAACUGAAGCUGAUAUCUAAGAAAAAUCGUAAAUUCCAGAAUAAAUGUAUUCAGAUAGCUAUGGAAAUUCUUAAUGAGGGACCGAUAAUUGAGUAUCGCCUUCCCUCCUUGAAUGGAUUGGAAUUUGAUGCCUUCUUUCAAAAAUAUCGAAUCGCAUUGGAGGUACAAGGAAGUCAGCACCGAUUCCACAACACUGGCUGGUAUAAAGAUGUUAAAAAACUCGAAGAUAUUGUUAAUCGUGAUCGUCUAAAAAGAAAUGAGACCAUUGUUCGAUUAAAGGAAGUUAUUAAGGAGAAAAAACUGGAGUCUUAUGGUUUCAAUGCACAAAAGCUCAAAUUAUGGAAGGUUCAACUUCGCAUAGAUAGUGAUGAGGAAAUCGAACUCCACGACGAUCAACUUAUCCAAACGGGGGCGAUUAAUAGUUACUUUACUAACGAACUACUUUGUAAAUAUAUCCACAUUAUUGUCAGACCACCUACACCGCCCGUUAAAUUUGAUCUUGUAUGUAAUUUGAGACUUUUGAAAGAAGGAGGAACUGUAGAAUACGUAGAUAAAAAUCGUAAUAUUAAGGCAACAUUAUGCGAAGGUCUUCUUUGCACAAAAGAUGAAAAGUAUAGUUCAUUUACAGAAUUUAUACGAGCAACCACGGGAUUAAAACCAAAUGAAAAAACUAACCCCAUUGAUUUUCGCAACUUAAAAAUUAAUAAUAUGACUUAUGAGGAAGUUAGAGAUCUAAUCUACAAAUUGAGAUAUUCUGAGCAAUAUGAUUCUGAGAGUGAAGAAACUAGUGAUAGUGCAACCUCCAAGGGAAAACUCGAGAAACUUCCAAAUAUAAUCGAAAUAAUUCCCUGGAAUGAAGAUCUUGAGGAUCGCCUCUGCAAGCUGUACGUGAGGGAUGACAUCGUGGACAUAUUUUGGGGCCGAAACACCGGUGAAACAACAUGGAGUAUUUAUGUGGUUACUCACGAUUUUAGCCUACGCGAAUGGACAGAAGAAGUCACAGGUCAAUUGAUUCAUUUCAUACCAGAAGGGAAAGGGUUUCUCAAUGCAGGGAUUCCACCACAAAGUGCCCAUGAUCCUCUGCCAACCUGGGAAAAGGUCCCACAAGAUUUACAGAAGGUUUUUGAUAAAGCCUUAGACAAUGAACUGGGACCAUCGUUCCGGAAAGCGCAUUAUAACCUGGUCGGUAUGAGCACUGGAUAUAAGAAAACUCAAGGUAAAUUUACUGAAAAACCUGCUAUCAUCCUAUAUGUUCGCCAAAAAGGCAUUCUACGCCGUGGAUGUGGUGGUUUAUUUCCAGAAGAGAUUUGUGGGUAUCCGGUUGAUGUUGUCGAGGCUUGUGUUGCAACCUCCUAUGGUUUAGGUGUAAGUCAAUGUCAAGCUUAUCAGGAGAACGUUGAGUUGGGAUCGAGUAUAGGGGUGAUAGAACCACAGAGAACAUCAGGAACUCUUGGUGCCGUCGUUCGUGACAAAAAUUCCAAGCAGAUAGGUAUCCUUUCAUGUGAACAUGUAUGCAAGUUUAGUGAAUCGAAUUCUGGAAAAGGUGUCAUGAUCCAUCAGCCUUCGCAUGAAGAUCUAGAUGAACUGAAACAGUCAUUUGUUGACUUAGCAAAUAAAGAUAAAGAAUAUAAAGAGAUUUCCGAAGUUAUGUGCAAUAAAAUUAAAAAAACAAAACAAAAUUCUAUUCUAGCUUGCUAUAAGCGUGGUAUGCGAAGCAACUUUUUUUCUCAAGUGCAUCAAAAGGACUUUGGAAUUGACACUGCAUUUUGUAUUUCCACGAACAAAAACCGUACGUUAUGUCCGAAUAAAUUCUCAGUUUCACCAGAUUACUUCAAAAAAACUAAACUUCCAGAAAACAUCUGUCUGAAUGGUUUUUAUACAUAUAAAGAUUUUGAUGACAUUGAUGAGUUCGGAGUCUUUAAAGUAGGAAGGAAAACAGGUCUUACUUGUGGAAAAUUAGUUCCUAUUAGUGUUGCUGUUUCCAUUGAUCUUACAAACGAAAGCAUCAAAUUCGCAAAAACGCAAGCUGCAACCCCACAAACUCCACCAAAUACUGAAUUUACAGACAAAAAAUAUUUCAUUGGAUACAUGAAGUUACCAUUGUUUGAAAAUCGUCAGAAAUGUUACCCUGCUGUGUGGUUUGAUCGGCAAUUAGUUUUUUAUUUCAUAACCGGAGACUUUAAACCUGGAGACUCGGGAGCAAGCGUUGUGGACCAAAAAGGAAAAGCUCUUGGCAUCCUUCAUGCAUCAUGGAUGACAAAACAUAAUAGAUACGCUAUUGCUUCCCCUUACUUUGCAGUUUUUGAAGCAUUGGAUGUAGAAUUUGAGGAAACAUCAAGUUCGGCCUAG